AUGCCAAAGAUAUUUGAAAACAUUACCAAGACUUUCAUAAUGUUGAAAAAUGAAUUUAUGUAUCAAUUAGACAUAUUUGGUCAACUUCCAAGCUUUACAGUUCUUAAUCGAAAUAAAUACACUUCUAAAUUAGGAUUUUUAAUGUCACUUUUGAUAGGAACCCUUAGUGCUUACUAUGUGAUAACAGAAAUCUCAUCUAUGAUUUCCAAAUCAAAACCCUCUAUAUAUUAAACAGAAUUAUAAGUGAUAGAAACAGAUGUAAACAAAACUAAUAAAAUAGUCUUAUUAUCUUAAUAAUGAUAAUUUUACACUAGCCAUAUCAAUUGCUAAUCGCUUCUCUUAGCCAUUGAUAGGAAUAAAUAAAUACUUUAACUUAAAUGUUAGUCAGUGCACUAGAGAAAGAAUUAAAGAUGGGAAAACAGGCAAUGUAACAGUGACAUUGAAGUAUAAAAUUUUGUAAAAUCAGGUGUGUUGAGAUGCCAAUAGAAACUUGCAACAUGUCUCAUUUUACAACUGAAUUAUAAUAAGGCUAUUUUAAUACCAUAAGAUUAGGAGGAGUUUAAUGUAUUAAUAGAGAUUACUUAAAUAACAAUCCCCCAGUAUAAAAAAAUUGAUAAAUUAGGUUUUAAAAGGUUAAUUCAAUGCUUUAGAAUACAAGUAUUUGUUUAUAUAAUUUUCUGCAUGUUAAAAUACAACCAAUUAACAAAGCUGCGCUCCUUAAGAAGAAAUUGAUGAUAUCUUAUAAGCUGGUCAUUAUAAUGUCUAUAAAACGGAUUAUUUAUCUUAACUUGAUCAUCCUGGAUAGCCUUAUAAAUAGAUUAUAACCAAUGAAUUUACUGGAUUUUCAUCGAGCACAUCAAAAAUGAUUGUAUAAUAGUAUAGAAUAGUAAAAACAAUUACAGAUGAAGGGUUGAUUUGGUAAUAAGAGAACAUUUAAUACAAUAUUUAAUAAACAGAAUGGAGAGAAAUAUCAGACUUUUAUAAUUAAUAAUAUUUAGUUCUUCAUGUUAUUAGAUUAGACUAUAAGCAGACAAAUAACUUAAGAACAUAUAUUAAAUUGCAAACAAUUUUAGCAAAGCUAGGAGGAAUAUUAUAAUUAUUUAUUUUAAUUGUUGCUAUAAUUUCUAAACCAAUUAUUGAAAAUUUAAUGAAGUUAGAAAUUGCGAAUUCUCUUUUUCGAUUUGAUGAAUUAGAUAAAUAAAUAUAACCUCAAACAAAAAAUUAAUUAAUUUAGAGUGAAAGAGAAUCUUAAUUUCCAGUUUAAAUCAAUAAUAAACAUAAUGAAAAUUUAUGUAAUCAUGAAAAUUAAAAGCUUAAUAAAUCUUUUAUUGAAACGUUUUUAAUCAUAUUUGGAUUUAAAAAAGAAAAGCAUUAUUAAUUUUUGAAAGCUAAAAAAAAAAUAAUUAAAAACCUAGAUAUUGUAACAAUCUUGAAAAGAUUAUAAGAGAUAGAUCUUUUGAAGAAAAUCUUGUUUUCAAAAGAGUAAAUUGAAAUUUUAAAAAAUUUGCCACCACCUUUGAUUAAUCCAAAGUCUUUAAUUAAUUAAAAACUGACAGAAGGAGAUGUAGAAAAGGAAAAUAGACCAAAUGUUUCACCUCUAUAAUGUUAGUAAAUUAGAAGUAGUUAAUAUCAAUUCAUACCAAAACUUACUCCAAAUUUAUCAAAAUCAUAUAUUGAUAACUAACUUUAAUAAUAUUUAGAUCAUUGCAAUGUAAUUUGAUAUUAAAUAUAAAGAACUCUUCCUCUAUAAAAAGGAGAUUUUCUAAUAGUUUAUUGAGAAGUCCUUGCUCUCCUUUAUCAAACAAUCAAUCAUUUAAAUGUGAUGAAAUAGAUGAGCCAAUAGUUUAGAAGCCAAAAUCAUGA